AAAUAUGCAAGGCAUUGUUUAUUGUUGAGGAGGCUUCGUUUGUGAAAUCGCCCAACUAUGAAUAUUUCAUUAGGCGUUUUAAGCAGAUGGUAUAAGUGACAGCGAAUCGACUUCAUUUUGUUUAGAAACUAGUACCCCCAAAAAAAACAUUCAAACAAAUACUAAUUGUUCCCUAAUGGUCUGACAACAGGGUUUUACUGCGAGAUAAAACCAAGUCUUUUCUUCGCUUUUUCGCUAAAACAGCUGAAAAAAGCGAGACGUUUUUCGUCGGUUUUUUCGGCUUGGAACAGAAUGAUUUCGAUGCCUGUGUCUGGCUUUGAAAGAGGAUUAUUUGACCACUCGAUUCAAAAAAGAAAUCUUCUAAGGAGUUCUGUUAGUUCUUCAAGUGAGUUCUCCAUGCCUCCAUACGAGGUAGUCCCAGCAACUCGUCCUAUUAUCGUACUUGGUCCUUCUUUACGUGGAUAUGAGGUCACGGAUCUUAUGCACAAGGCGUUGUACAAUUAUCUUAAGAAGAGAUUUCAUGGAAGGAUACACAUCUUCAAAGCCCAUACAGAUAUUGGUCAGUCUAAAAGAUCAACCAAGUCCAACGCAAGCGAAAAAGAACGGUUUGGGUUGACAAAAAGUGCGAGUCGCGGAGUCACAGCCGAAAUCCAACGAGAAAUAGAACAGAUCUACGAACUUUCAAAAAGUCUAAAUAUAGUAAUUAUAGACAGUGAGGUCAUCAACCACCCGUCACAGCUGACCGACUGUUCGCUGGCUCCAGUAAUCGUCUACAUCAAGAUGCUUCCCGACAUCCUUCAGAAGCUGAUUAAACUACGAGGCCGAAGCAAGAAAAAUAUGAACGUACAAGUAGUGGGAGCACAGAAACUACUACAGUGUCAUGAGGAAAUGUUCGAUCUGUCACUAGACGAGGCGAUCUUUGAAGAUGCCUGUGCACAUCUAGGUGAGUUUCUUGACCAGUACUGGAGGGAUCUUCAUCCCGAUGAUCCCGAGAUAGCUAAACAAAUGAUGCUUACUGGAGCAGACUUCCCUGAUCGACCCAACCCCAUGCUAUCCAGUGCCUCGGGAAGGUCUACCUCGUUCAAAGAGGCCAGUGAAAGAAAACAAAGCUUGGCUCCACUCAAACUCGACCAUAUUACACCGAGACUAAGCGUCAGCAGCGCUGAAGGAGCCCCUGGGUUCAAACAAGGUCUGGGACAAGGUCAAGGUCAACAGAAAAUAAAGAAAGACGGCGAACCAAAGCAUAAAGCAUCACAGAUCAAGCACAAGGUAUCUGAGAGCGGGAGGCAUAAUGCGCCCGGAUUUAGCGUGACACAGUACGAGGAAUACCCCGCUGAUACGAAAGGAUACGAGGAGGAGCCACAGAAUGGUUAUGACUAUUACUACAGGGAACAAGGAUACGAGCAAGGCUUUGAUUACGCAGCAGAAAACCCGUAUGGUUCGCCUAUGGCCAUUCAGGAGUAUGGGUCUGGUAACAACUACGGACAGGAACCCAACCAAUAUGAUCAAUACCAGGAGGGACCUUAUCAAGAGGGAUCUUAUCAGCAGGGACAUUAUCAGGAGGGACAUUAUCAGGAAGGUCAAGGUGAUUACGGCCAAUAUGGUGCCGAUCAAGUAGGGUACCAACUGGAUUAUGGUCAAGAACAGUAUGGCGACUCACAAAAUUACAUGCAGGAUAGUCAAUACGGUUACCAAGGCGACCAAAUGCGUUAUGACAACACGUCUCAUCUCCAUUCUGGUCAUCCUUCUCAACAGGUACAUGGCUAUGGUCCCUAUGACGACCGUUACCCUAACGAAGGUGGCUAUUACUGAAAUUAAGGUGGUUCGACGCAGAAAUACAGAAAAUAUUGCGUUGUCAAGCAACCAGAGGCUGAAAUAACGUCAAGAGUUAGCCUCUAAGCCAACUGUGUCAAUCUCUCAAUUGCCAUUACGUUCAAAACGAAUGAAUUCAAAUGAAUUACAAAUAAUCUUGCGUGAACAAAACAGCACAUUGAUGAUUCUGUCAAGAAAUUUCUUUCAAACAAAAACGACGAUAUAACUAUGGCAAUAUCAAUAUCAUGAAACGUGACUCAAGCGUGACUCAAUGGUUAUUUUUAAAAACGUGGAUCCGAUUGGGUAUGAUCAUUUAGACCGCGUGACUUAAUUGCACGAUGCCGGAUAAGCCUGAAUCUGAUUGCCUAAGAAUAUGUGAAUCAGUGGUAGAGUACGUGACUCAAUUGCAUGACUGAAAAGGGUGGAUCCGAUUGGCUAGGAACAUAUAGAACAAUGCUAGACACGGUGACGUAAUUGCAGAACUAAUAAACGUAUAUCUGAUUAGCUGUGUACAAAGCUUGAGUUUAAACAAUGUGACAUUCUUGCGUGACGUGUGCAUAACUGUGAAGCUUACUAGCACAGUUAUGAACUGCGUGACUUAAUUACGUUACUCAAUUCUUAAUAUGUUUCGAAGUGUUACAAGAAUGGCAAGUUUAUUUUUGUAGUUUGGACAUGGUAAAUUUAAGUAAGAUAACAACUGCUGCAAUACCUUUAAGACUAAUCCUACAUCAUGAGGCGCGAAAAAAUUAUAUUGAUAAAAUGAAAUUCACAAGCUGGCAAAACCACGAAGAGCAUGAAUCUUGACUAAUAUACCUCUGCGAAAAUGGCGUCUCAAUAUUUAUCCAUUUAUUGCUAUUAAUCUGCACAAAAUAUUUAUAGAAAACCAAUGUAUAAAUUAACUACUAUACUGUCCGUCCAGGUUGUAGAUAAACUAGUUUGGACUGCAACACGAGUUCCAGGAAUAUAUAGCAAGCACUGUCACGUGAUUUGAAAAAUAUUAUGAAAUAAUUCCGACGUUUCGAAAUUAAGUGAUAUCUCUAAUAAGCGGACAUUCUUCAUUAAACAUACAAUUUACUAGUUCUAUAUGUACUGUAAAACAAGCUUCUCUAAGCAGACACCGUUUAUUAGACGAACACCAGGCAAGGUCCCAAAGGUGUCCACUUAAUAGAGGUAUCACUGUAUUCACUUUAAAACAAACCUCUAUUCAGCUGACACCCUUUAUUAAAAGGAUACCAGGUAAGGUCCCAAAGGUGUCCACUUAAUAGAGGUGCCACUGUAUUUACUAUAAAACAAACCUCUAUUCAGCCGACACCCUUUAUUAAAAGGGUAUCAAGCAAGAUCCCAAAGGUUAAAAUUAUUUGAGUUGAAGAAAACUACCCUCUAUUCCUUACGGUUCUCCACACCCAAACCCUUACAGACCCCCCUCCAUCAUCCCUAUUCUAUUUGAUACGCUUUAUCUGUUGAAUCUACUUAAAUGCAAUAAAUUUUUUUGUUUGCA